CCAAGACACGUGGGGAUGACUAUGCAUGUGAUACACAGUACAGGCAGACAGACCCCUGCGGGUCCCCCCCAAACGUCAACCCACCAUGACCCUGGAAUCCUCACCCCCGACCUUCCAAGAAGCGCUCAAGCAAGACCGCGCUCAAUUCGACGACUGCACCCCGUGCCGCGUCGUGGGAACAGCGACCUUCCUCGGCCUCGGCGCCUUCACCUACACCUCAGGCCACGCCCAACUCACGGCCCAGGAGUCCGUGAUCCGCGCCAGCAAGAGCGUGGUGGGGAUGCGCGGGCGGCGGGCGGCGAUUACGGGGACGAGUGCGGUGUUUGUUGGGGUGGGGGUGUAUCGGUGGUUUGCUUAGCUUUGCAUACUGGAGACUGUAUGAUAUGGUGGGAUAUGGUGAUACGAUAUGGAAGGGAGGGAUAUGGGCGGGAGCAGGGGCAGGAGCAGGAGCAGGAGGAGGAGUGGUGUUGAGAC